AUGAGACGGUGGGGCGGCCGCCGUGAUAAAGCGAAUCGACGCGGUGGCCGACAACCGGAUCUUGGACCGAUGAGUACUUCGGCGGUUGAAGUUAGUGGUGAAAAAGUGAAAGCAAUGUGGGAUAAGAGAUUGACAGAAAUAAUUUGUGAUAUUUGUAUUAAAGAGAUACUGAAAGGCAAUAGGCCCGGUACUCAUUUCACAAAAGAUGGAUGGUUGAAAAUAAUGACCAACUUUGAGAAAGAAACGGGCAAGGGUUUUUCACAAAGACAACUUAAAAAUAAGUGGAAUGCCCUAAAAAAAUGGAAAGCUUGUAAGAAACUUAAAGGCGAAGAUACUGGUCUAGGGUGGAAUCCUAUAAAAAGAACCGUUGAUGCAUCAGAUGAUUGGUGGGAGAGUAGGCUACAGGUUGUGCCUGAAGCUCAAAAAUUUAGAACAUUGGGUAUUGAUCCCGAAUUCGAAGGGAAGUUGGACCAAAUGUUCAUGGGGAUAGUUACAACUGGUGAUAAAGCAUGGGCACCUUCUUCUGUCAAAGUGCUUGACAACAUGUCGGAAGAAGUUCCAGAAGCUAGUCCGCUUUACUUUUUCGCACUUAAAUUAUUGCUCAAUAAGGAAAAGCGAAUUAUGUUUUUAUCAAUUAAUCUCAAGAUUAGAGCUUUGUGGCUUAAGUCGGAAAUGGAAGAUAGUUGA